ACACGUGGAGCUCAGCUCAGAGGGAGAGAGCUUACUGCUGAGGCAAUGAGAGGCACACUGAAGCACCAAGCCAUGAAGAAACAGAGGUUGUGAAUCCGAGAUCUCAGACAGAGAAAGUCAAGCCAAGUGAAUGUGAGGAAAGGCAACCCUACAAAGACUAGGAGAUAUAGUUAUCAUCUCUGGAACAGCUAGUAAAAAGGAGCAGAGAAGGACAUUUUCGUGUUGCUACACAGGACUUUAAUGCCAAAGUCAUGCCGCAGUGGAGCACAACCCAUGCUCAGGAGGACUAGGAUGUGUGGCAAGUAAGUCACAACCCUGCAUGCCUUGCAGUUCCCCAUACUGCGUGAUCCAUGAAUGUGUGACUGUGGAACUCUAAGCCAAAGACAGUUCUAGAAGUUCCUACGCCUGGUAAAAGAUGUCAUUUGCGAUGGUACGCCCAGCUCCGAGCCGCUACCUCUACUCCGAGAUCUCCAUGAUGUCCGAGGACGACGAGAAUGGCAGUGAGAGCUCGGGCUCUGACGACCGCUCCUUCCGCCUGGACACCUCCAGUUACGAGCUCAAAGUGGGCAGCAGGAAGCGGAAGCCAGGCAGCGGAGGGGGUGGAGGAGGGCUCCUCGGGGUAGUGCCAUCGGGCACGGGAAGUGGUCCUAUGGUGGGUGAAGGUCGGCAGCGUAACGCAGCCAAUGCAAGGGAGCGGGACCGCACCAACAGCGUCAACACGGCCUUCACCGCUCUCAGGACUCUGAUCCCGACCGAGCCGGCCGACAGAAAGCUGUCAAAGAUUGAGACUCUCCGCCUCGCCUCCAGCUACAUCUCACACCUGGGCAACGUGCUGCUGGUAGGCGAGGGCUGCGGGGACGGGCAGCCGUGCCACAGCAGUGGACCCUCGGCCUCCUAUUACCACCACCAUGGGUCGCCUGGACGAGACGCUGAGAACUCGCAGCCCAAACAGAUCUGCACUUUCUGCCUAAGCAACCAGAGGAAAAUGAGCAAAGACAGAGAGAGAAAAACUGCCCUGAGAAGUUAAUAUGAGGAGGAUGAAGCUCUUGGGACUUGCUGAGCUUUGGAAGCAGCACACAAACUGUUGACAAACUUUAAAUUUAUGGUGUAUAUAAGCAAAACUGCAAUUCAUAUUUAAUUCUAUGUAAAUCACACAUGGACACUCGCUCUUCGGGCUGGAAGAUGAUGAUGACGAGGACCGGACCUUUCGGACAGC